AUGGCUCUCUCUUCCCUCCUGCUCCUGCUCGUGGCCUCUGUGAGCGCCGCGCCCUCCCACAGUUCCGCCGUCGGUCUCGGAGCAUGCGGUAUCACCAACGUCGACUCGGACAAGAUCGUCGCCGUCUCCGAGAAACUGUUCGACACGUACCCCGGUGCGACCAAUAAUCCCAACGCUAAUCCCAUCUGUGGCAAGAAAAUCAAAGCUUCCUUCAACGGGAAAUCCACAACCGUCACCGUAACCGACCGCUGUACCGGCUGCGCCCUGUCCGACCUCGAUUUCUCGCCCUCUGCAUUCAGCGAGCUCGCGGACGAGUCGUUGGGGCGGAUUGACAUUACUUGGGAUUUUGUCUGA